AUUAAUCCCAAAUUUGUUCAGACAGAUAGAUCUCAAACCAAACAAACAAACACUUAGAUCGUACAAUUGUCUGAAGAAAAAAAAACAUAAAAAUUUGUUUAUUUGUUUUUGUGUGAAAUGGCACUAGCAAUCAACGUUUCUUCAUCGUCUUCUCCGAUCUCAACCUCUAGCUUCCCUUCUUCAGACCUCAAAACUCCACAAAUCGGUUCGUUGAGGUUAUCGGAUCGAAUCAAUGUCUCAUCAGCGUCUAUGAGUCUAUCCUCCGGGAAACGAUCCUCCGUAAAAUCUCUGAACGUGCAGUCGAUCACAAAGGAAGCCAUGGUUGCUUCUGAGGUUACUACAGAGAAAGAAGUAGAUGUGGUGGAAGUGGAAGACUUUGAGGAGCUAGCAAAGAAGCUAGAGACUGCUUCUCCUCUUGAAAUCAUGGACAAGGCUCUUGAAAAAUUCGGAAACGACAUUGCAAUUGCCUUUAGUGGAGCUGAAGAUGUUGCUCUGAUCGAGUAUGCUCAUUUAACAGGAAGACCGUACAGGGUAUUCAGUUUAGACACAGGGAGAUUGAAUCCCGAAACGUACAGACUCUUCGACACGGUGGAGAAACACUACGGUAUUCGAAUAGAGUACAUGUUCCCCGAUGCUGUCGAGGUACAAGCUUUGGUUAGAAACAAAGGUUUGUUCUCUUUCUACGAAGACGGUCACCAGGAGUGUUGCCGUAUCAGAAAAGUGAGACCGUUGAGGCGUGCUUUGAAAGGUUUACGCGCUUGGAUCACCGGACAGAGAAAAGAUCAAUCGCCGGGAACGAGGUCGGAGAUCCCCGUCGUUCAGGUCGAUCCGGUGUUCGAAGGACUAGAGGGUGGAGCUGGGAGUUUGGUGAAGUGGAACCCGGUUGCGAACGUUGAAGGGAACGAUGUUUGGAGCUUCUUGAGGACGAUGGAUGUUCCGGUGAACACGCUGCAUGCUGCGGGGUAUGUUUCGAUAGGGUGUGAGCCUUGCACGAGGGCGGUUUUGCCAGGUCAGCACGAGAGGGAAGGGAGGUGGUGGUGGGAGGACGCUAAGGCGAAAGAGUGUGGGCUUCACAAAGGGAACAUCAAAGAGAGUAGCAACGGAGACGAAGCUGCUAAUGUCAAUGGAACAACAGUCGAGGAUAUUUUCAGAAGCGAGAAUGUUGUGAGCUUGAGCAGGCAAGGGAUUGAGAAUCUGAUGAAGCUGGAGAACCGUAAAGAGGCGUGGAUCGUUGUGCUUUACGCGCCUUGGUGCCCGUUUUGCCAAGCGAUGGAGGCUUCGUUCGAUGAGUUGGCGGAUAAGUUGAGGGGAGGAGAUGGUGUGAAGGUGGCUAAGUUUAGAGCUGAUGGUGACCAGAAGGAGUUUGCUAAAAGCGAGUUGCAGCUUGGGAGCUUUCCGACGAUACUUGUGUUCCCGAAGAACUCUUCGAGACCUAUCAAGUAUCCAUCUGAGAAGAGAGAUGUUGAUUCUUUGACAUCUUUCUUGAAUCUUGUUAGGUGAGAAUCAGUCGACUUCACUGAUGUGAAAGAGAUGAGUUAAAGAACGAACCAUUCAGUCUUGUUCCAGAAUGCUAGAACAGAUGAAGAUCAUGAGAUCCUCUAAUGAAUGUUUAGUUGUGGUUAAAAUGUUUGCUUUUGUGCUUAUAUUUUUGUUUACCAAACUUCUCAGUUUUGUACUCUGUUUGCUUAUAUGUUUAUGUAAACAAGUUUUCCAGCA